AUGGGAGUAAAUGACUUGUGGCAAAUUUUGGAGCCUGUAAAACAACAUAUCCACUUGCAGGAUCUUAGUGGGAAAACCAUUGCUGUCGAUUUGAGUCUGUGGGUAUGCGAGGCACAGACAGUGAAGAAAAUGAUUGGCACUGUCGUGAAGCCCCACCUCAGGAACCUAUUUUUUCGUAUCUCAUAUUUAAUCCAAAUGAAUGUGAAACUGGUGUUUUGUAAUGGAAGGGAGCCACCAAAGCUGAAAGCUGAUGUCAUGAGCAAGAGGACUGAGACUCGCUAUGGGCCUUCUGGAAAAGCAGGCUCUCAGAAAACAGGGAGAUCACAUUUUAAGUCAGUCUUACGAGAGUGCCUUGAGAUGCUAGAGUGCCUGGGAAUCCCCUGGGUCCAGGCUGCCGGGGAGGCUGAGGCCAUGUGCGCGUACCUUAAUGCCAGUGGCCAUGUGGAUGGCUGCCUCACCAAUGAUGGCGAUGCCUUCCUUUAUGGAGCCCAGACUGUUUACAGGAAUUUCACUAUGAACACAAAGGAUCCACAUGUUGACUGCUACACCAUUUCAUCUAUCAAGAGUAAGCUAGGCUUGGAUCGUGAUGCCCUUGUUGGACUGGCAAUACUUCUUGGCUGUGAUUAUCUUCCAAAGGGAGUGCCUGGAGUUGGAAAAGAACAAGCCUUAAAACUUCUGCGGAUUUUGAAAGGUCAAAGUUUGCUUCACAGGUUUAACCAGUGGAUUGAAGAACCUUGCUCCUCUGCUCCACAACCAGCAGCUAAAAGCGUGGCUCACUGCUCUGUGUGUUCCCAUCCAGGUUCGCCUAAGGAUCACGAACGUAACGGAUGUGCAUUAUGUAACAGUGAUAGAUACUGUGAACCACACGAUUAUGAAUACCGCUGUCCCUGUGAAUGGCACCAGACAAACCAUAGUAGACAACUAAAUGAAAUAGAAAACAAUAUUAAAAAGAAAGCUUGCAGUUGCAAAGGAUUUCCAUUCCAUGAGGUCAUCCAAGAAUUCCUUUUGGAUAAGGAUAAAAUGUUAAAACCCCUCAGUUAUCAAAGACCUGAUUUAUUAUUGUUUCAGAGAUUUACUGCUCAAAAAAUGGAGUGGCCCAGUCACUAUGCAUGUGAGAAAUUGUUGGUGCUUUUGACCCGCUAUGACAUGACAGAAAGAAAACUUGGAAGAAAAAACUCUAGUCAACUACAGCCAAUUAGAGUUGUUAAGCACCGAAUCAGAAAUGGAGUUCGUUGCCUUGAAAUAGAAUGGGAAAAACCUGAACAUUAUGCUGUGGAAGACACAGAGGCUGGGGAACUGGAUCCCCUUACCAUUGAAGAAGCAUCACUGUUUGAAGCAGCCUAUCCUGAGGUCGUUGCUGUCUACCAGAAACAACAGUCAGAAACCCAAAGGAAGAAACAGAAGAGUGUGAAAGCUAAGCCUAAAGGAAACAGUUUACCAGAACCGAAUAAUGUAGUCAGUUCUCAGUCCCUUAUGACUUUAAAACCUACAUGUGAAGUCUUUCCAAAGCAUCAUCCCAAAAUUAAUUUGGAAAUUUCUCCGGACCCUAUUUUCCCCCAGGAAUCUACUUCUCCCUCCUUGCGUAGUUUUGUUUUCCCUGAAAGUGCUCCCUGUCUGAAUUUGCAAGAACAUUCCAUGCCUUCUCCAAGACCUUCUUCUGGAAAGCAAACUAAAGAUGGCAGUAAUUUUCUAGUUUCAGAAUGUGGUCAGCCCAGCUCUUCAUCCCAUAAUAUUUCUGCGAUUGCUGAUCUCCAGUUGAGUACCAUUGACUGGGAAGGUACUUCUUUUAGUAAUUCUCCAGCUGUUCAAAGAAACACUUUGUCUCAAGAUUUACAGUCGGGACUUGAGUCAUCAGCCGUCCUUCCUGGCUUUGAAAAUGCCCCAGAACAAUGCACCACAAAUAAUGAAGUGCUGGGUAGAGACCUUCAAAAGGUUAGUCCUGCAGAACGUCUACUUCCUGCCUUUGCUGGCUUACAUCUUCACGAUUUGCCUCUCAAGGAACGAAUCCAUAUGAAAUCCUCAUGCCCUCAGUACAAUGUACAAUCAGAGGCUGACCUGGGAAGUUUGUACCUAAAAGUAAAAGGCGCUUGUGUUCCUGACAGUAGCUCUGUUUGUUUAUCAAAUUUCUCAAAGGAAUUUCCAGUAAUACUGCACAAAGAGUCCAAAAACUUGAAAGUACUUGACAACAAACUCCUUCAAAGGAACUCUACAGUAAAUGCUUCCAUACCUUAUUCUGAGAACAGAACAGUAGAGACCUCCAGUCUUCAAGCUGGGCUCUCAAAUUCUGCUCUACCUCAUAAUCCAAAAGUUGUUGAGAAAACUGCUAAGAACCUUGUGAAGAAUAGUGUUUGCCUCAAAAGAGAUUCCUCAGAUGACGAAAGUGCUCCAGCGUCCUGGAAGACUCAGUCUGCUGCUCCAAAACUGAAACCCCGUUCUCAGAAGCUCAGCCUAGCCCAGGGCAGAGACACACCCAGAAACCCUAAAGUCCAUGUGAAAGAAACCAGACUCCAUACAAAGUCCUAUUCCACAGCCGAAGAUGGAGAAAACUGGUCUUCCGAUCCAGCAAAAAGGACUCAAAGUUUUCUACACUGUCAUAAGAAAGAUGAGGGCUCUGCUGCCUGCUCGGAAAGUCCUCUCCCUCUAUGCCAGAGGUUAAAACUCAGGCACCAGAGCACUUCCGGUGGCUUUUAUCAUACUUAAGUUGAAUUCAUUUGAACAUUGUCAGUGUUAGCAGAA